AUGAUGGGAAUGGGUAUGAAGUGGGAAAGACGACGUUUUGUGGCAACUUUGAAGCUGGAGUGUUUUAUGCUUCUGUGCGAUUUCUUCUUGUACAGCCAACUGAUGGUUUACUUUGAGAGCAAAGACUGUAAUAAAUUGAACAAUCAAUUCUUAACGAAAACUCGCACAUAUGCUUCCGCCGGUUUGGUUUGCUUUAUGGUUGCAUCACAGAUGAUGUAUUUCCUGUAUUUUGCUUCGGAAGAGGUCCAAGACCAACUCUUUGAUGUUUGUGCUUUCCUUUCUGGGACUUGGAUCAACUUGCUGGGACUUGUUGUUGGUUGUUUUAUUGUCAAUUCUGUUAUGCGUCUAUUAAAUGCUACACCUACUGCUAACUUUGCAGUGCGAAGAAUACGGAAAAUUCCUUUAAUCAGCUCUUUUGUGUUUGAUCGACGAUGUCAAAUAAAAGCCGUGCUUCUGGUCUCCGUGGUAUUGUCGUUCUUGAUGUGGUGUAGCAGUGACGAUAUUGUUGUCAAACAGGUUACCAUUCCAAUUAAGAAUUUCUCUGGAUUCAACGGAUCUGUUAAAAUCGCAUUAUUGUCGGAUGUUCAUGCAGGUGCAACUGUGCGAAGAGCGCAAAUCGCCAAAGUCGCGGAUAAACUUCGCGAUCUUGAUGUCGAUGCUGUGGCAUUAGUGGGCGACAUGGUCGAUGGACCAGUGAAAACUGUGGCAAGCCACAUGGAGCCAUUAUGGAGUGUUUUGAAGCGACAUCGUACGUAUUUUGUCACGGGAAAUCAUGAGUAUUAUUACGGUGAUGCUAUGAUGUGGUUCGUCGAAUACGAAAUGCAUGGAGUCCGCGUGCUCAACAACAGGUGCGAAAUGUUCCGCAACAUCUGCGUGAUUGGUGUAAAUGAUGUCUCAAGUAAGAAAUCCGGAAUACUCGGUCAUCGCAUGAAUCUCACCGAAGCAUCGCGUAAUUGCAGUGAAGGCUCAUCGCGUCUCUUACUGGCUCACAAUCCAAGCAGCCUGUCAAAGUUUCCUGCUAGCGAAUUGAAUAAAAUUGAUGUUGUCCUGUCAGGUACGCUUUUCGAACAUGGGAUAGCGGGGAGCUCCGAUGAAAAUGUUGUGGAUGUCUGA